AGGCCAAUGAAGGGAGAAGGAGAUCUUUCCACCUACUUCCGCCGGAAAGGUGGCUUCCUGAAGCAGACGGUUCAGGCUUCUGCUCUUUCCCGGCUGGCAGCUCCGUACAUUAAGAAAAGGCCUUGUGCAGUGUACCAUGGCUUUUGAACCCUUCCCUCGAAAGGACUGGUACAGUGUUCUGGGUGCAGACCCAUCAGCAAGCAUGAAAGACCUGAAACAAAAAUACCAAAAGCUUGUUUUAAUGUAUCAUCCCGACAAGCAGAGCGCAGAUGUGCCAGCAGGAGCCGUGCAAGAGUGUGUGCAGAAGUUCAUCGAGAUUGAUCAGGCAUGGAAAAUUCUAGGGAACGAAGAGACCAAAAAAGCGUAUGACCUGCAGCGGCGCGAAGAUGAUCUAAGAACCGUGGGACCGGUAGAUGCCCAAAUAUAUCUUGAAGACAUGUUAUGGAAUAAAGAUGAUCAGUGUUUUACUCUCAGUUGCCGAUGUGGUGGAAAAUACUGUGUUUCCAAGGAUGAAGCUGAAGAAGUUAACCUGAUCUGUUGUGAUACAUGUUCACUAAUUAUAGAAAUUGUUCAGCACAGCUGAGAUUGUUCAGUACAUGGAACUAUAAAACUCUUAUGUUCAGUCACGUUGGGGAGGCAGAGGCUUUGUCCGUUGGAGAAAACAUCGAUUUCAAAUAGAGCCGAGAAAAGAAGUGGGAGUCCUUUUGUCCAUUGGAAAUGCUGCUGAAACGUCAACUCAAAUACUGUUUUCAGAGUUUGCCAAGAAAAUGUAAAAUUGGCAAGCAGAGCCCACCCCCUGUAUUAACAAAACAUGAAUUUAGUUACUUGGUGAAUUCCCAUAGUUAGAAUUUUGGUGCCUCAUUUUGUUCUCUUCUCCAUGAGUAGAAAACAUUGUCUUCCGAGAGCCCAGAAAUAAAUGAAAGCGGAGGCUAUCAGGGAGUCUCUUGUAGUUGAGGCUUCACUCUGGGAAUCCAUCUGUACCACUGAUCUAGAACUUCCCUCUACUUAACUCACAGGGCAAUUAUAGGGCUUAAUGAGUUGGAACCAGACAUCCUACUAGGGGAAGCUCUAUAUUCUUUGCAUACAGACAUUUUGUAAAUACAACUUGACCCCAGUUCUUUCUGAUUUUGAAGAUCUGAUUAAUGAAGCAGCAUAGUGUGCUUAAAAAGGAUACUAGACUCAGAUCAUAAAACCUUAGGCCACUUUUACAAGAUGUGUGGCCAGUUACUUAUCAUCUCUGAGCCCAUUUCCUUAUUUGUAAAGGGCUUAACAUUAGCACAGUGCUUGGUUCUUAGUUAUCUUUUUAAUGUGGAUGCUUAUUUCUUCCCUUUCCCCAUAUGGACAAUACUGUCUACCUUACCUACAGUAGUGGUGGGUUUAUUUUUUAAGAUCAAAUGAUAUAAAGUAGUGAAAGGAUUUUUAAAACUGCAAAUCACUUCAUAAAUAUGAGGUAUUUUUAAUAUCUCUCUCUUCCAUGCUGGAAAAAAGAAAUAGGCAUAAGCUACAGCAUGAGCAAAUUGGGUUAGUAAUUAAGAAUAGAAUAAGAUCCUAUAUAGAUAGAUAUAGUUAUAUCUGUCUCUAUUUCUAUGAAGUUAAGCAAAGGAUUGGUUAGUUUUUCCCUUUUUUAGGGUGGGGAGACAGUCAUCUGUAGUCAGGAACCAGCCCACUGCAUCCUAACAGACAACAGUGUAGUAUGGAGCACCAAUCCAGUCAUGCAAUUUAGGUAAUGGGUAUUUAUGGUUUUGAUAAAUCAUUUUAAAUGGGAUUUUUUUUUAAUUAUAAAAACAUAGUAUUCCUGCCUAUUUCUGAAUCUUGAAUACAAUGUUAUUGGUAUCUUGAAACCAAUAUUUUCCUAUCCUAUUUCUUACUUUAUAAUUGUAAAUUUCAUAGAUGUCACUGUAACCAUUAAAACAGUUUUAUAUUUCUA